UCUGACAGACAUGUCAGUUCGCCGAGCUGGGUAAUGCCAGCUUGUGACUCAAGUGAGGGCAUCAGGGUGACUGGACAAGGCUUUAGCUUGCUGAGCUGACCUAGUGGGUUGCAUUGUGCUUGCUUGCCCACUCCAAGUUGAGAGUUGAGCCAUGGGAUCUUUGCGAAGGCAUUGGUUUCCUGGUUCCUAGACAGGAGGGCACUGCGUUAGGCUGGCUUCACAGAGCAGCGACUACCUCCGGUUCUUGACAGUGGAGGGACCACAGGCUGCCGCACCUCUAUGUCACUAAGCUUGGUGAGCCCAGCUCUUGAACUGCCACCUUUUUUCAUUUUUCCACCACCGUUAACAAGCUUAGCUUCUUAGAUGAGAAACAAUCACGCUGCAUUCAUGAUCUCCAAAUAGCUGUUGAUCAGAAACAGAGUUUCCCAUAGAUGUUAUAGUCUAUUGUUUAUUAUUCAAUUAUACACAUGGACACGAGGGGUGACACAAUGAAAAACAUUUUUUAAAAAACUAAUCUUCAGAGUAGUUGCUGCGAAUCGUGUGUUGCAUGAUACCAUAUUAAUUAAGAGAAACGAGGUGUCAGGAGAUUCCCUGUGGGAGACAUUGCACUAACAUUAAUAAGGUUAUGUUUUUAUUCAAAUCUUGAUUCGUUAGCACUCAUUGAUCUUUGCUUAAGAUGUGAGACUCCAUGCAUUAUAUACAUCUUGAGCACAUGACACCGGAAUGAAGUUGAAUCUACAUGCUCAAUUUUACCUACAUCUUGUAUUUUUCUGAUUCAAAUUUUUAAUUUAGAUGGUAGCUCGAAGCAAAAACCUCACGUUCCUAACCAUUAGACAGUUUUGUAUUAAACCAAUGAGAUGCAGUUCUUGUUUCUGCAUGAGAGACAUGCUCAGCAGUACUGCACCCACUGUUUAAGACAUCAAAUAGUCCACACGUGCAGAUCAAUUACUUCAUUGAAUGCAAGUUUUUUCUGGCAAAUGAUUCCAAUUGAAAAAACUUCAAUCAUUGAAGUGAGAGAGAAAAAUGCAGCAAAGUGUUAGUUGGAGAGUUUCCAUGUGGGAGACACUUUCCUAACAAUUAUGUGAUCAUGUUUAGAUCCAAAUCUUGAUUUGUUAGCACUUAUUCAUAUUAGUUUAAGAUGAGAUUCCUUGUGUCCUCAACACAACACCCUGUUAUAUAUAUUCAGAAGAUGGCAUUAACAAGAAGGUAGAUCAAAAAACUGAAUUUCUAGCCUUCUCUGAGAAAAAAAAAUGGCUACCUCACAAUUGAACUCAAAAUCCCAUUUCCAUGCUCGUUCAAACAGUUUACCCUCUAGACCACACCCACUUAUUCUACAAUGCAAUGAGCACUUGGAGAGGUUAAAGGCUUCCAAUGAAACCUCUUCUUCCUCUUCAACACUUAGCCACAAGCUAGGAUUGUUGCAAGAUCUACAUGAAUGUGUAGAAAAACUGUUCCAGCUUCCCCUAACUCAAGAAGCACUUCACCGUGAGAGUGAAGAAAACUGGGUGGAAGAGCUUCUGAAUGGAUCCUUAAGGCUCUUAGAUGUGUGCACAACCGCCAAAGACUCUCUGCUACACACAAAAGAGUGCAUCAGAGAACUUCAAUCGAUUAUGAGAAGGAGAAAAGGGGGUGAAGUGGAACUCAGAUCAGAGAUUAAAAAGUUCUUGACUUCAAGAAAAGUGGUCAAAAGGGCCAUCUCAAAAGCCUUGGCAAAUUUGAAGGGUGCCACAAGAAAAUGCAGCAUGGCACCUGCAAACAAAGAUAAUCAAACAGUGGCUUUGGUUAGUUUAAUGGAGAACGUUGAAAUGGUAACUCUAUCAGCAUUUCAGACACUGCUUCAUUUGAUCUCAGGGAGUGCACAAUCGAAGUCAAGUAGCUGGAUUUUGGUUUCUAAGAUAAUGCAGACGAAGAAAGUAGGGUGCUCUAGGUUGGAAGAUGAACGUGAAUUUGCCCAGCUUGAUGCAGCAUUGCAAUCCUGCAUGUUUUCUCAGACUGGUAAAUCUGAAAACAUGAGUAGACUGCAAAACCAGUUGGAGAAAGUGGAGUCGGUUGUUCAAGAUCUUGAAGAAGGUUUUGAAUUUCUGUUUAGGCGUUUGAUAAAGACCAGAGUUUCCCUUCUUAACACCCUCAAUCACUAGUUAUGAUUAUUGGGGCAUCCAAAUUUUGUAAUGUAUAUAUAUACAGAGAGAUAAAUUGAAACA